GCGAUGCGGUCGUUGAUGAAGUCAUGACAGCAAAAAAUGACCUCGAGCCAGAUGCGAAUGCCGGUGGCCUCUACAUAGUAGUGAAAUUUCCUGAAGAAGAUGAUGCUGUUGCCAUUAUACAUAAAAACUGGAUCGAUGGCAACGGCUGCAUGUGGCCUCCACAAAAAAAAUACAUAAAAAGCUUGUUAAAAGCUGGGGCCAUGCCUGGAAAUGACUGGAGGAGUCUGCCUUGUGAAGUGGUUGAGGCAUUUGCCAAUUACGAUGAUGCUGUACGGGGCCUCAGAAAGGCUGAAGACAACUCAGACAUCGCAAGUGCAAGUGAACAUGGCAGAGGAAAAAGGAAAAAGAAAAGAAGGCACUACAGUGACGAAGACGAGAUGCCACUCCCGCAGCCACCACAGUCUAUGCAGAAAAGAGCAACACAUGGUAUUGCAGAAAGAUCUGCAAGGAUGGAACCGCCAAGUAUUUCGACUGUUUCACAGCACUCGGCAUAUAAUGAAAGAAUGCAUGGUACUGCAAAGCGGUCUGGAAAGGAGCCACUGCACUCGUGGAACGUUCCACAGCGCUCUGCAUAUAAUGAAAGAAUGCAUGGUAGUCCUGAGUGUUCUGCAAGGGAGCCACUGCAGCGGAGCUUUCCACGGCGUCCUGAAUGUGAUGACAACGCUCAGAGUGACUUGCCAGGCUUGUGGCCGUGUGUUAAUCGAACGCCGACACCAAGUUCAGGCCAUUACGACUGUAGGAGCCAGCCAUUUGAGCAUGAACAUUUAGGGUUGGAGAGACGCCAGAAAACUAGCACCCAUGCCCGCUCGCCUCUCACAGCUGCCUCUCAGCCAAGAAAUGACUUCUCACGAUCAGGAUCAUAUGGGCUGAGCAGGGCUUCAUUUCCCACUGCUGAUGUACUGUCUACACCUACCUCAAGGCCCACAAGCAGGUCGGUUUCAACCAUAAAUGGGCCAUCUGAUUUUGAACACCAGGUCUUCAAGAUCUUGCAAACAAUUUUAAUGAGGGUUGAGCACCAAGGGCGCCAACUUGAUGCCAUUGCACAACAGCUAUGCAGUGGCCCUUUGACAGUUGGGCCCGCAAAGGAUGUGGUCCCAAAACCAUUCGAGGACAUCAAGGCAUUCGAAGAAUUUGAUGCCGAGAUAUCAACAAAUGAAGGAACAAGGACACGCCUGAUGCAGCAAUUUCAUGGUCUUGGAGGCAGCAGCGUAGGACCCGCAACACGGCGCAUUUUAGGAAUUUUGCUAAGCCAAGAAGUGGCAGUGCAGUACAGUUGGCUCGGCAAAAAAGGAAAGAAAAGUUUCUCUGCACUGCAGGUGGCUGACACAAUCACAAGGGCCGUAAUGCAAAAUUUUCCAACGUCAAAAAGAAGUGAUGUAGAAAGUAUAAUUAAGGUGUGGCUGCGCCACUCUGGUGAAAAACUUAGAAAACAGCAGGCCAAGGCUGCCACAUCUGAAGGCUCACAGGAUGUGCACUCAGAUUUUUCAGAUUAAAUGCCUCAAAGUGCAAGUACAAAGCCCAAUUUCAAGAGGAAUCAAUGUGUUCAAGAAUUUUUGCUGGCCCUGGCAAGGACCAGCACAGUCAUUUAUAUUCUAGUCAGGAAACUGCACUUCGUUGAAGAAAUGUUGGCUUUGGCAAGUGCCACCACAGUCUUUCAUAAUAAA